AUGGCCGAGAAGCGCAAGUCCUCAAUGUCUGAAUCGGCUUUUAAACGACCUCGUCUGAUGGAGCAAGGCGAUCAAGGGAGGUUCCCAUCAUCGGAAUCUCAGGAACGACCCAAAAAUGACCCGACGUUUGGGCAGAAGAGUGCAUUCCCGGGGCUGGACGAGGGAGGCGAUGAGCUCUUUUACGGAUCUGCAGAUGAUGGCAUGGAAUAUUUGCGCAUGGUUCGAUCUGAAGCCAACUCGCUACCAAUCCUGUUCACUGCUACGGCCGCAAAAAAGGACAUUGAAUUGAUCGAACCUACCACCCACACUCUUGGACAGACGUCAGAGACUUUCAAAUUCCCCGCUGGGUUCUACGAGGAUGAGGCGUACAUAGCGCCUCCCACGGCCAACCAACAGCCGGUCGCCUCGCCGGGUGAUGGGUACCCUGAGGCACAGGUAGCUUAUUAUAACCUUCUCCGACAUCGAUUCCUCCUCAUUCGAUCAACACUGCGCUGCACACCUCCCGCAACCGCUAUCGCUGCCCUCGACGACGCUCAUCCGAUUAGCCUCCCAGACCGCAAUCCAGCCGCCCGUAAAGACUGGCGACGACUGUUGCUCACCGAAGACCCACAGAUGGUGCAGUUGGCUUGCUUGGAUUCCGAAAGUGUACUCCGAGUACUCGGUAUAUUAGCCCGCAGCUUGGGAGAGAACGUCAGAGGUGGUGAUCCUGAUCUGGUCCGAAGAGUUGGAGCCUGGUCCUGGGGACUCUUGGGAAAGUGCCGUGAAGUUGGAGAAUUGGCUACUGAGCAAGUAGGCGAGAUUCGUGAUCUUGGCAAACGUGCGGCCAAGAUUCUGCUCAGGAUACGAGAAGCAGAGCUCAAACGAUCUGUUGAAGAUAGUGAUGAGGGCGAGUCGGACACGGGUGAAACAGAGGAUGCUCCAGAAGACACGGCGACUCAAGAUGAACAAGCCGCGCUACCAGAUUCAGCAACAAACUUGGACGAGUCGGAUGCAGAGAUGGCGAAUGCCGAUUUAUCAUCGGCACUUGAAGAGGCCAAGGCACGGCUAAAGGCUCAACUAGAGGAGGACAUGGCUGUUGAGCCAGAAAGCCGAACAGCAGAAGAUUCUACUGGUGACCCGGUUCAACAGGCGCGCAUUCUGUUGGACAUGAUUAUCACCAUAGUCGGCGAAUUUUUUGGUCAACGGGACCUGCUUGAAGCGCGGGAGGUGGAUGUGAUUGACUUACUAGUUAUGGCACCGACCGUGGAGAUUUCAAUCCCUACAACAACCAUCUCCCACUCCUCCCCUCCCCACACGCUCUACCAUAUCACCCUCCGCCUUCCACUCCGCUCCUUCACCGUUUCCAAACGCUAUUCCGAUUUUGCGGCUUUCCAUAACGACCUGGUCAGCCAGACGAAUGCCCAGCCCCCGGUGUCACUCCCCUCAAAGUCAUGGUUCUCCAACACAGUGUCCAACGAGCGGUUUCGUGAAGAGCGCAGACGCGGCCUUGAAGAAUAUCUUCGCGCCAUAAAUGAAGCGCCAGAUGGGCGAUGGCGCACUUCAUCCGCAUGGCGAGCCUUUCUGAAUCUUCCCUCCGCAGCGACAGCCUCUACCACCGCUGGAACAUCAAAUACCUCGUCUCGACUCCAUGCUGCCAUCACAGACCCAGGUUCGGCGGCAAAUGCUUCGAUCAACGAUCCGACGCUUUGGCUAGACUAUUAUCGCGACAUGAAGUCCCAUUUACACGAUGCUCGGCUUCAACUUUCCCGCCGGGACCAGGAGACGACUCCUCAGAAACAACAUGAGAGCUCCGCGCAAGCAAAAUCCAGUCUCGUCCGGGCAGGCUCAAUGAUUUCCACCCUUGAGGAAGGGUUGAAAAACCUCGGGGCGCGAGGAAACCAAGAUUCUGCACGGUCUUCUUCCGCUUUGGGAGACGGAGAGCUUCGCCGCCGGAAAGAUCUGCUCAUCAAUGCACGCAAGGAAAAAGAUGGAUUAGAAGACCUGCUGCACGCCAUGGCGGCAAAGAGCCGGCUUGAUAAUGCUGUUGCCUCAAUCGAAGACAAGGAGGCCCUACUGAAAGCAAACAACAUCGACACUGCUGGCACACGUCGAAAUGCAACCCGCUCGGGGAGAGUUCUUGGCAAGGAAACCGAGCGCACGCGCGAGCUGGACAAUGAAGGAGUGCUGCAGUUACAGCAGCAGACGAUGCGGGAUCAAGAUCAAGACGUCCAGGAUCUCUUGAAAAUAAUCAUUCGACAAAGAGAGCUGGGGAAUGCUAUACAUGAGGAACUGGAAGUACAGAAUGAGCUGUUGAAGUUGGCAGACGAGGAUACCGAUCGGCUGAACGCGAAACUCGAGAUUGCCAAGAAGAGAAUUGGCAAGAUCUCAUAA